GUCGCCUUCCUAAAAUAGUGUUGAAACACGGCUGGAAGGAAGUGGAAGUGCAAUAAGAAUGGUGGUCAAGUCAAUGUAUACCUUCAUCUGUCAAUAUUCAUAAGUGUGCAUAAUUUUAAAGUAGCAGUUAGUUAGCCAGACCACCAGUUAUCUUGGAAGAAACAAUAGUUGAGUAUUGUUGGGUUCAUUUAUUUUCUUGGAGACGUGGUUCAUAUUACGAUAACUUGUUAUUAUCAGUGCAUAUCUUAAAACAAAAGGGACCAGAAGUUCAUAUUAUAAGCGUUCUUAUGUACGUUUUCCGCCUAUGCCUGAUUUUUUGACGCGAUAGUGAAAUUCGUGCCGUCGUAGGCGUCGUUACUAUUCAGUUGCUUGGUUGGUGGAUCAUCCAGGAGGAAGUGAAGGCUCAUUCAUAUCGCUAAAUAGCUAGUUGGUUUUAAAGUAUAUGCAUAUGUUUACAAAUCUGGAGCAGUGUUAAACGUUAAACAAACAAAUCAUUCAUUUCGUUUUGGUGAGUCAGGCAGAAGUCAGAAAUGCAAUAACUGUAACACCAAGAGAGAACCUUUCUCAGAGACGAUACGGUUUAAAAACCUGCCCAAUUCUUGACACCCGACUCUUUUGGGCUGGAGUCCAAUAAGUAUAUGCAGUUGUUCUCAUGCAUGUUCUCUCCUCCUCACUUCUUCUGGUUUAGUUUUGUGCUAUUGCUAUUAUUAUUAGACUCCGCAAAUCUAAUUCGGGUACAUAUGCAUCUGAUAAUUCUAUGUCUUACUUAAUCUUGAGUGAAAAAAGUGCUCGUAAAACGCAGUUCUCUUAAAAAUCCUCUCGUAUGUACAUACUUGUGUACAACUUAACAAGCUGGUGUAUGCAGUGGCAGUGCACGUAGAAACGUAUGUACAUAACGAAACCAGAUCCCAGCCUUUUGUGACACACAGCAUGAAAUAUUGAACUAAUAAAUUCGCCAAUUGACAAUUAUUGACGUUACAUUUUUGUUGCCUUUGUUUUAUCGCCCCAAACCAUACGCGUGGCGUGGUGCUAUUACUGUCUGAAUGAAAUUGAUACACUGCACUUUAUGAGGAAACAGGUAGUGGAAAAAAAGUGACGUAGAGUAAAUAGGUGCACGUUACUUACCACUAUUGUUUGUGGGAGCUUUACUUUUGGGCAAAAGUGAAGUGAAUAAAAUUGAAAGUGUGUCAGAUUGAGAUUCUUUAAUGCAUUGGUACCACAGUUAAAUGUGGGGAUGGUCCUGUGACCACGAGUGACCAAUUUGGUGUACGCGUUACUUAUUUGACUCUUAAAAAUUCUAUAUACAUAAAAAUUCAGGAAGAUGCAGUUGCACGCGGUGGAUUUUCUAAGAUUUGGCCUCCCCUUGGGGAGCUGUCUCAUCCUUUGUGGAUUUGUGGAGACGGUUAUCAGCCUCUACGAAGCGUGCAUGGAUGUGAUAAGUGUAUUCAUCAUUCACUGGAAUACACCCGUCGUACAAUUCAUGCUGGAGACGCCAUCGGUCUUAGCCUUAAAUGUAUUCCUGUUCAUGCAAAUAUUCGCGGAUAUCCUGUUCCUCUGGGUGGGCGCAAUUUUAAAGGGUUCCAGACUGCUUCUGAUCUCAUGGGUGGUGGUAACCAUCUCGAGCGUCGUGGCUCUCAACGUUGUCUGGUUUCAUUAUGUUUACUCUGAAGGGACGGAUGAUAACCAGAAUUUAACCAGCGCUGUGUACACAGUGGUUUUGUACACGUUGUUUUACGCAUACAUCAUUUGCGUCGCUUGUCAGUGCGUCCCCCACAUGAAGGAAAAUCUCGAAGAGUUGCAACCCAUUGGGAAAGGAUUUGUCCGGAUUUGGAAGUACUUUGCACACAAUGCAAAAAUGGGGGCUCAACUUAUGCUUACGUCUGAAUUGAUUCUCAACAUGUACUUUUUCCUGAGUAGGAAAUUGCCACCCGUGCUUUUCGACCGAUCUUACAAUGGUCAUGAAGAUCAUGGAGUGUACGCAGAUAAUGGGUCGUACCCAAUAAUUCUGGAAGAAAUGGUGUUACGAGCUAUCCGAGUUGUUGUGGGCAUUGCUGGUCUGGUCAUUAUCUCAAAGGGAAAACAACGCUGGGUCAAGUAUUGGUGCAUCCCGUACCUUUUGACCCUCUUCUUAAGUUUCGCCAUAUUUUUGUACUUGGUCGUGGAUUGGAUGGCCGAACAUGAAAUCCUAACUUACGGCUACCUCUUCUACUUUGCAAUCAACAUUGUGUACAGAAUUCUCGUCUUUACCAUUUGUUUCUGCUACUCGUACCCCCAAGAAAACUCAGACUUUGCCUUCAUUGCAGAGUACAGUUAGGACUUGGUGCUACACACACAAUUUUAAAUUGCCAUCCUUCAUCAACAAGUGCUGAUAGUAAUUUAAUUUAAUUAAUAAUUAUCUCCGUUAUUUAAAGAUUAUUGUUCAGCCGUCCAAAUUAGUAGUAAAAGGUUUAUUUUUAUUAUGCAUUAUCCAUUCUCCGUCAUAAAAAAUUGUUAACCAUAUGCAGCAGACCAUGGUAAAAACAGUGGCCGCGGAAGCCGUGGGUACAUCAGGGGACAUUAACAUUAUAGGAUAAGGGGGGGGGGGUUUAUAUAACAUGGGCAGAUGAUGGAAACAUCGAAUAGCCGUGGGGAUGUCCCUCUGUCUUCCGCGGCCAUUGGGUAAGAAUUAUUUAUGUAGAGCGAAACCGAUACUUCUGUUUGUACGUAGAUUUAUGCAAGUAAGAAAAAUAUUGUUUUUUGUAAUAUGAUUUUAAUAAUGAUAUUGACGUAUGGGUGAGAUGCCAAGUUGUGACAUUAAAAGAAAUAUGAGAUGUA